AUGGCGUCUGAAAAUAUUGAAGAGUUAUUAUUUUUUGACACAUUUUCACAUGAUUCUUCCGGGGAGAUCAAUUUAGACUUAGUGCAGUUUCCUAAACCAGUGAUAAUUAGCGAAAUUCGAAUAAUUCCUUUGGGAGCUAGGGUUCAAGCAGAUUUUCCUGGAGGUGUCAGACUUGGUGCCACAAAUCCUUCUCAAUUUAAAAUUGACUUUUUUGUAAAUGAUUUAAGUAAACCUGGUGCAUCAACUUUUGAAAGAUUGGGUGUUUUAGAAUACAGAGAAAAUGUUGAUAUACAAUUAGAAUGCAGUCAAAGAAUUCCAACUGAUGGUUUAGUUUUAAAAGGAUUAUAUACAACAAUAACACUUGCUUUGUAUGGAGUUCUGAGUAAAGGAAUUCCUCCACCACCUCCUGUUUUGGUUCAGCAACAUGCUCCAGUUCCAGAACAACCAGAAAAUAUGUAUAUAGAUCAAUCAUAUAAUUAUGCACCGGAAUAUCAGCAAAAUUCACAAGAUCAUGGUUAUGUUGAAGGAUGGCCCAUUACAAAUGUUCAACCUAACCCUGUUCCAUUACCUAUUAAUGAUGCUUAUAAUGCCAAUAAUAAAAAAUAUGAUGCUCCUCAAUCGUGGGAUGCAUCCAAGCCAUGGGAGCAGCAUGUUCCAUUAGAAAGUGAUACAAAAGUAGAAGUUAAUGUUAGUCCAAGUAGAAAUAUGAAUGGGGAAAAUUGCGAUUGGAUUGAAAGAAAUGAAGAAAAAGAAAAGUCUAGGGAUAAAUAUUGGGAUGGAAAUAUUGAUGGGAAGGAUGAAAGAGAACUUCCGAAAGUCCGCGAUGAUAGACCGGCAAUAAGAAAUGAAAAAGAAUUUGAAAGGGAUGAUAGAAACAGGGACAGGAGAAGUGACAAGGAUAGAGAAUGGAGAAGAAGAGAAGAGGGUGAAGAAAGGGAAAGAGAUCGUGAUAGAGACAGGGAAAGAGACAGAGAGAGAGAUAGAGAUAGAGAAAAAGAUCGAGAGAGAGAUCGUGAUAGAGACAGAGAAAGAGAUAGAGACAGGGAUAGAGAAAGAGAUAGGGAUAGGGAUAGAGACAGAGAGAGGGAUAGAGAUCGUUAUGUAAGAGACAAGGAUAGAAAAGAAAGAGAAGGGAGUAUAAAAGAUGACGUUGGACGUGAUAGAAAUAAAGUAACUAAAGACAGAGAACGAAGUAGUGUGCGUGAGGAAAGAGGCAACGUUAGAGGAAGAAGAGAACGAGAAAGAUCAACCGACAGGUCGUGGAGAGAAAAAAGUGAAUCAACCGAAAUAAGACACAGAGCUCCGGCUUAUCGUGAAACCUCUUGGGAUAGAGAACGAGAUCGUGAAAGAGACAGAGACAGAGAUAGAGACCGAGACCGGGAUCGAGACCGAGAUAGAGAACGUGAUCGAGAUCGAGAUAGGGAUCGUGAUAGAGAACGAGAACGUGAAAGAGAGCGUGAACGGGAACGGGAACGUGAACGAGAAAGAGAGCGUGAUCGCGAAAGAGAUAGGGAAAGAGAUAGAGAGCGUGAUCGUGAGAGGGAUAGAGAUAGAGACAGGGAAAGGGACAGAGAUAGGGAUAGAGAGCGAGACCGCGAACGAGAAAGAGAACGUGAAAGGGAUAAGGAUAGAGAAAAAGAGCGAGAAAGAGAAAGGGAAAGAGAAAGGCCAAAAGAUAGAGAAAGAGAUCGAAGCCCUUGUUCCGAUGCGAGCAAUUAUCGUAAAAGACCGAAAUCUCCACCAUCUAGAUCUCCAAAAAGGCCUUAUACUCCGACCGAGAGAUUUUGGUCUCCUGAACGAAGAACCGAAUACAGUUCACCGAAUAGUCGUCAAGUUUAUUCCGAGUCUCACGAAGAACUUAAAAAACCGUCAGAUUUAUCUCCGCAUUCAAAAACCAGAACGGUGGAAAAUUUAAAAAUCGAAACAGCCGCUCCGAAGACAUUACAAGCUCCUGCUCUUUCACCUUCAAAAUUUAAUAGAACUUCUUGUGCUCAAAGUCCCAGUUACGGACAGUCUCCAUCGGUUCAAGAGGAAACAACUUUGGAUGAUGAACAAUUUGAGCCAAUUCUUAGUGACGAAGAUAUCAUCGAUGAAUCUGACUCACAGGACAUGGAGUACGAUUUUCCCGAUGAUAUGGAAGAAAUAGUGAAACCGUUUAAUCCAUUCACAUUUCAAAUUCAACCUCUCGAGUAUUUUUUGGAUCCUUCAUUGACCAUUUGCGAAAAGGAAAAAUUUUAUUUGCAAAGAAUCAAAGCGGAAGAUAAAAAUAACGAUCUUGUUCAAUUGUACAACGUAAUUAAACAUAUUCAAAUCGACGACUUGGAAAAUAUCAAAGAAGACUGGGUUCAAGCGGUGGAACAAAUUUUACCACUCGUGGACAAAGCAUUGGCAACGGUUACGGAAAAUCAUCCGGUUAUGCCGCUUUUAUUAAAAUGGGUCGACAUUGGUCUCAACAUAGAUGUUGCCGUGAAUCACGCUCAACCCGCAUUUAAAGUUCGUCACAUCAAAGCUGGGAUUCGGUUGGCAGACGUUAUUUGUCUUUGCGGUUGUUGGCUCGUUGAAAAAUUAGUUACGGAACUUCAAAUCCAACAAAAACUCAUGCAACUUUUUUACAAAGAAUACAUGGCGCUCUCGAUCAAAUUGAUGAUUCUCAAAGCUUUGGAUUCGAGUUUGAUCGAGGAAAAAUCAAUUCGUCAUUUUCUCACGGGAAAAUUCGUUUUAGUUAUCGGGGAUGUAAAAACGGAACCAUUAAACGGUUAUCAGCAUCUUUUUAAUAUGCUCAAAGGAAAACAAUUGGUGAGAGUAAAAUUUGGAAUAACUUCGUUGCUCAAAAAAAUUCACACGUACGAUACGUUAGAAAAUUUAAAAAUGGAAAUCGAAGAAACGAUACGAGAAAAGGGAAAUGAAGAGUGCGAAUAUAACAAUAAUGUUUUGGUUUACCUGAAGGAAAUUGAAAAAGUUUACAAGCACGCGGACGUUCUCAUAUCGCAGCCGAAAAGGUUUUUACCGGUGCAAUCGCAGUUUGAAAUUAACAUACCAUCCGGUAACACCGUCAUGUUUUUGUACAGAUAUUUUAAAACUCACAAAUUUUUAGAAAUAAUAGCCAUUUUGUUGUCGAACAGAAAAACAAAUUUAUCAAUCAUGGGAGUAAUUCAAAAUUUAAUAAAAAAUUUUUCCGACAGACAAGACGGUUUGGCAUUUUUAUCGAUAAACCCGGAAGUGAGCAACAACAUAUUGAAAGCUUUGUGUUGUCAAUUAUCCGAAGACUACAUCGAAGUCAUACCGGGAACGACGACUUAUUUAGGAAUGGAAGUUACUUGCAGAUUGCAAAUUUUACAACAUUUAGAUAAAAUAGUUUGUUUGGAUUGUCGUGAAGAUUCGCACGGAGAAUUAUUCGAUAUUUUUCACGAACUCUACAGUAUUUCUUUCACGUCGGUGGGAAAAUUUCAAAUCGCUUUCGUUUUGAGUUUGGACGACAACAUGCAAAUACUUUUGGACGUGAUACAAAAUUCUGAUAAAAAAUCAGCCGUUAGAAAUUACGUUUUAGAUUUAAUUAUAUUGACUAUUAAAUAUUCGGAUGACGUUUUAUUUUUAAAAAAAUUUGGGAGGACGUUAUUAGAGUUGGCGGAAAGUGAUAAACAAAGUCAUUUGAAUGACGUGGUGCCAUGGUUGAAACCUUUGGAAACGGCGAAUAUAAUAUCGUACGAAGAUGUAAAACCUCUGUGUGACAUUUUAAAAAAAUAUUCGACCAUUGAAGCAUGCCAAUUAUUACCGGGUGAUUUGAUAACGUGCGUUAGAAUUUUAAGACAUUUGGGCAUACCCAAAAAUGAAAGCGAUUUAAAUACUCUCAAUUACGAAGACGAAUACACGGAACUCAAGUAUAAAUACAUAAUUUUGCAACUUUAUUCGUUGGAUUGUUUGAGUCAUUUCAAUGCCAUAUUAACGAAAAUAUUAGAAUAUUACGAACAACCUUUCGUCCAUUCGAUUAAUUUACUCGGAUACCAAGGAUCUAAUUUAAUGUCUUUUAUAGAACCUUGCAUAAUGCUCAUGAGGAGAAUGAUUACGUACGUUAUAUCGGUUCGAAAUACCGAUUACAAAGAUUUAACUCACGUGAACGUUCUCAUUCAAAUUUUUACUCUUAUGCAAGCAUUUCAACCGAAUUCCGAAUGUUUUUCAAGUUUUCAAAAAGUUUGCCGCGACGUUGUCGAAACAUUGUUGGCGUACACGCAACCCGUAGCGAGUGAAAAUGCCACCGAAGCAGAAACAUUUACCAAAUCUUUAUGGACGUUGAUGAUCUCGGACGUGUUGAAAUAUAUAACCAAGUCUUCUUUUACGUUCAUUCCCGGUUUCUUGUUGCUGUCGGAAUUAUUGCCACUACCCACGCCGGUACCAACGAAAACCGAAUUAUCUCAAGCCGAAAUCAAUAACAUUAUAAACAGUAGAAAAUUAUGGAGUGCACAUUUGCUCAGUUUAUCUCCGCUUAUCCAUGACUUGAUAUCCACAAUGGCGGGAAGCAGUUAUGCGCCGUUACUACAACUCGUGAGACGUGUUUGUAUGCAAUUAGCAGAUUUAGCAGCACCCACCGCACUCGUCGUCGGAAGAGCAGUUUUGGAUCCUUUGCUGACAACUUUACAAAAACCUACAACGAAUCAGGCGACGGAUUCUUCUCUGGAAAUUCCAUGCACAUCUCACACUCUCAGACUUCUUAACUUUCUCGCGUGUUUAGUCAGUCACUCUAGUAUAAAAGCUGCUAUACUGAGUUUAAUCACAGGAAAUAAUAAUAAUAAAUCGGACGAGAAAUAUUUGCCCGUGGCGAGCAAAUUUGCUACGAUUCUUCAGACUCCGUCUAAUGUCGUGACUCACUCUCAGGUUCAAGAACACGUCAUAUUAAUUUUGCAAGCCUUAUUCGAUGCAGAUGUUACAUUGGUACCCAUAUCUUCAAUCGAAAGUCAAGAUGACGCGUCCGUCAACGAUAUAUUUUUAGCUAAUGCAUUACCAUCAAAAGAAUUAUUAAAUAUUUUUGUUUCGGCUUUGUUGGAUCACAUCGGUAAUAAGGAACAUUCGUUUAUGACAAUUUUAUCAGCUUUAAAAGCUUUGAUGCUUCUGACGGAACACGACUACGGAUUUUACUAUUUAAGAAGUUGCUUGGAAACAAAAAAUGACUCGAUAUGGAAUUUAUUGUUAAAAAUAUGCAAGAACAUAAGCAAGGAAAGCACGGAUAGUUUAAACGUGUUGUGCACCGCUUUGGGUCUAUUGAGAGAAUUCAUGAACGUGGGAGAAGACGUUGAAGUUUCAGGUUUACCACCUCGCACUCAAUUAAUGACUCCUCAAGAACUUGCCAUUACUGUACAAUGGGGUAAACCUGAAAACGAAGAGAAACCUCAUCCUAUAAUACAAUUAGAGUCUAUGAUAAAAGAAUGGAGUGUGAACGAUGAAUCCUUUUUGAGUCUGCAUGAAAAUUUGGAAAGUUUAGUCAGUUUGUUGAAAAGUGCGGAAAGUGAUAACGUCACCGUAGAAAAAAAAGAACUUAUCGAAGUGAUUUUACCAGCUGCGAAUCCUUUAAACACUCAAUUUUCAUCUCGGCCCGUUUGUAUCGUGGGAGACGUAGACGACAAAAAACUUAAUUCUGUGUAUUGGUUAUCUUUACCCACCUGCGAUGAUUCGGACCAGGAAAUGGAUCAGAUUGGAUGCGAUUUAAUAGAAAUAUCUAAUUUCUUUCUACCCGAAUUGCAUUUGCCACACGAAGUGGAAAAAAUAUGCAUGCUCAAGGCGACGGAUGACGAAGAAGAUCCUAAAAAACCACCCACUAGUAAAUACCACAGUAGCGGAGUUCGAACCAGAAGACCUUUUAGCGUGUUUUCGGUAACUCCCAUGAGAGGGCGUGGCAUAGGAAGAGCCGCUCCUCAACGUGGAGAUUUGUUUAGGUCUCGACCGCCCAAUACCUCGAGACCUCCUUCGCUUCAUGUCGACGAUUUUGUGGCUUUGGAAACUUGCGGACAGCAACCCACAGGACCCACUGGAACGAGAGGUAGAGGGCGAGCGUAUUCAUCGGAAAGAGGUAGAUUUUUCGGUGCGCCCACUUAUCCUCGUAGAGAUAGUCCGAGAGGACUUUUAAGAGGUCGAGGUUCUUGGCUUCAACACGAAGAAGCAGCUCGUCAAUUUCACUUGUCGGAAAGGUUACCCAUAAGAACGGAAACAAGUUUAGGAAGAUUUCUGGGAAGGGGAAGGGUUUUGCCUUCUUGGAGUACUAGAAGCGAACAAUUCGGCGGAAUGCCAGCCGUUCGAAGCAUUAGGAAUGAACCGAGCAGACAUUUAAGAACGUUCAUAAGGUAA